CCUACUUUUAGUUUUCUCUUUUCUUACUCUUGUUCUUACCGGUUGAUCUUACUCAGCGCAUUCGCAUCUCCUUUUCUUUAACUCCCAUUCUUAUCGGUUCUUCUUCCUACCUCAGCAGUUUAAAGAAUGGGCUUCCUUAGUCCUUUUUGCUUUGCCUCUAACGCGAAUUCCUUCUAUGGAAUUGCAGUUGACCGAGACUACAGUAUCAUGUUCGCUGAGGAUCCUGAUCGUCUCAUCUUAAUCAAAUCCAACGAGAACCCAACCUCAGCAGCUGAUGUUUCAUGGAAAGUAGUCUCCUCGGUUCAAGCAUCAGUGUUAUAUGAUAUCUCAGGAAGUAAAGGGGGUCAAUUGUGUUAUGUGGAUGACAAGGGCGUAUUCACCUUUAUUGCUCUAUCUGUACGCAAAACACCAACAUCCCCUCCUGUAUCGGCUGGUCUCCAAUACAGUCCACUCUUCCCAGCCACGCCCAACGGUAACAACACUGGAGAGGGCGGAUGGAAGAAUAUUGAUAUCAUAAGCCCCUACUCUUGGACCACGGAAUCUACCUCAGUAUCGCUUUAUCAUGUCAAUGAUGCUUCAGGCAACAACGUCGUUAUUCACUCUUAUCUGGACACACAACAUGUACUGAAUUUUGGAGUGCUAGACAAUGCAUCUCUUCAAUUGAACCAAGGUCCUACCUGGAACUAUAAUAGCACGUACUAUGAUUUCGUGAAAGCGACCUAUCAUAAAGACACAUUGUUUAUCAUAUCUGAUAAUCGUAGACCGUUUGACAGUGUCAGUAUUCUUACAAUCCCACUCCUAAACUCUACAAUACCUGCUAAAAUCCCUGCUGCAGAUGCCAGAGAGUUUGGGCCCUUUGGAAGCUUUUUGAGUGGUCCCAACCUUACUCUUUUUGAUAUCUCGAUUACUUCCUUCUUUGAUGAUACUUAUUACUUCCUCUACCGUGCCGGCUAUGAAUCCGGGAAUCCAUGGCUGCUCACUAUGGAUCUUUCGGAUCAAUCACACUAUAAGAAUGCCACAAACACUCAUUUGAGCCAGGAUCUCGUUUUCUCCCGCGAUAUUUAUGAAAUGUACUGGGCAGAUAUGGGGCCCAGAAAUGGUGCGCCGGCGUUUGCAUUUGUUCCGCACGUUGACUUUAACAACAAGACCCACAUCCGUGGCAUUAACCUCAGUGGUCCCAACAUUGGUCAAUGGUAUAAUGUGAGCCAUACCAUCAAUGUCACGGACACGUUCGGUACUGAUCCAAAUCCGCAGCCCACGGAUUAUAUUAAAAUAACCGUCCUUCCUUCAGGAGAUGUUCACUCUACAGCGCCCUCCACGGGUCUCAUUGUCGGAUUUGUCUUAGCAUUGCUAAUUGCCUUCGCGGCAGCAGGAUCUGUAUUUCACCGUUGGCGGGCCGAUCGCAAAGAAGUUGAAGCUGAAGGCAAGGCUGCAACUCAGGCAGCGUCACAGCCAUUAAUGAUAGGCCCCAAUAGCAAUGAACAUGGUAAUUUUAAGAUGGUCGUUGAGCCCACAGGAACUCAACAGGCAUGGACAAACACGACACAACAAGCACAGGCGUACGCAGGAGGAGUCCCAACAACGUCUAGUCCUAUGGCAACACAGCCUGGUCAACAACAGUUCUUGUUUUCGGCACAUCCACAACCUAACUUUGCCACAUCGUCAGGUGUAUCAAAUGGAGCAGGCUCGCCUCCUGGUACGCUUCUCUCUGUCGACCAUAUUACGGGAUCACCGAGUUAUGCCUCUGCAGGGUCUCCUACAGCGACUCACACUCUCUAUAGUGGAGGCCAAAGCGUGCUCACGAAUUCACCUGUUUCGGGAGCGCCCUCCAUUCCACUGCAUUCACGACCUAGCCCAUAAAGGAGGAGGGAAAAAAUCGUUUUGUAUCAACAUUUUAUGUUUUAGACUUUGAUGUAUUCAUCUGAGUUCCUAAAUAUUCCUUCGACAUUUCUCGAGUAAUGCAUAUAUACCCAAGGACUUUGAAAUGAAAAGAGAAAACCGUAAUAAAUUCCUGG